AUGCACGCGCGCCGCCCCAGUCCAGGUGAUGCUCUCUACUCCACGCCGGGUUUUGGUGCGUCCCUUGCGUUCAGACGGCUCUCGCAGACGGCUGCCUGCUUCUCCGCUCGAUGCACUGGCGCUGUUUACUGGAAGCCCCUCACCGCCUCUGCUUCUACCAAGUGUCUGUCUUGCGAGUCCGGCGUGAGAAAGCGUGCGGACUGCGAGCAGGACAAGACCAGUGCUGAGUUCUUUACCCCCUCAAAAAAAUCCUUCCAACAUACAUCCGAGCAGGGAUCAUGCCUGAUUGUAACGCUCUCCGCUGCACUGGACUCCACCACUGACCGCUUUCAUCUGCAAUGCACUAUUUCUACUCUUUCAUCUGAACUCGCUUUGGUUUGUCAACUUUCUCAUAUGCGGUGA